AAAAUUAAUUCAAGAGUCCAGCACUUUCCACAAAUGCUACUAGCGACUGGCAGCCUAUCCAAAGAAGAUGCAGUGUUUGAAAGUUAUAGCUGUCUUACUACUUUCUGCAGCCCUACUGAGCCAGAUACACUGUGCUUCCUUGCAUCACCCAAGCUCUCACCUAACAAGGCAAAGGAGGAUGACACCUUUCUGGAGAGGGAUUUCCCUCAGACCCAUAGGAGCCAUAUGCAGGGAUGAUAAUGAAUGUGUCUCUAGGCUAUGCAGGAAGAAUCACUGUUCCAUAAGAUUUUCCCGUAGAUAUUGAGAGGGCACGAGGACC